AUUGCAAACAUGUGAUAUCAUAUUUAUUGAAACACAAACACACACACACACACCCUAUCUCUUUAUUUUCUGAAAUUUAGACAUCUUACAUCGUGUUUAUCGAUAAUUUUGAACAUAUAAUUAUUUACAGUUUUUUAGCUCUCCUAAAAUAUACUUGGCUGUAUUCAGAAAUAUCAGAGAUAUUCAUCUUUGUAAUUAGUAACAAUUACUCUCACAAUUUAUUUUUUCUUUAUAAAGAGAUUCAAUUAAUGCAUUUUCAUUAAAAUGUAAGCUAAAAUCAAUAAAGCAAACUUUUCAAAUACAGAAACAAAAGUGACGUGUCAAAAUAUUUUGGGAAUGAAUUAAAAACACAAGAGUAAGAUAGCAGAAUGGUAAUAUACGGAGUUUACAUUGUAUCCAAAUCUGGUGGUUUGAUCUUCAACCAUGAUCACAAUGUCCCAAAAAUUGAGGUUGAGAAAUCUUUUAAUUUUCCACUCAAUAUUAAAUUAAAUUAUGAAAACAAGAAGAUAGUGGUAGCUUUUGGACAGAGAGAUGGAAUACAUGUGGGACACAUAUUGACAGCUGUGAAUGGAAUUGCGAUCACGGGACGUGAACUUGAGGAUGGAAGAGACGUUUUGGAGAUGUUGGAACAACCGGAAAAUUUUCCUAUAACGUUGAAGUUCAGUCGAGCAAAAAUGACAACGAAUGAAAAAAUAUUUCUCGCUUCAAUGUUCUACCCUCUUUUCGCAAUAGCGAGCCAACUAAGUCCGGAACCCCGAAGUUCUGGGAUUGAAAUUCUUGAAGCAGACACGUUUCGUUUAUAUUGCUUUCAGACAUUGACAGGUGUUAAGUUUAUGAUUGUGGCGGAGCCGUCACAACCAGGCAUGGAAAUUUUAUUAAAGCGAGUGUACGACUUGUACGCAGAUUACGCGUUGAAGAACCCAUUUUACGCGCUAGAGAUGCCUAUUCGAUGCGAAUUAUUCGAAACCAAUUUACAGACGUUGCUGGAAACUGUAGAAAAAUCUGGAAUAAGCAAUGUUUAGUUUACAAUUUACAUGUAGAUUAUUAUGAUUAUAUUUAGAGUAAUUAAAAAUAUAUUAAAAAGUAGCGUUUUUGGCAAUUGUUUUUUACUUGUUUUUCUACGUAAAGUCUAAUUUUAUGAAAUAAUUAAACUUUAAAUUUGUUUAUAAAUUUCUAUGUUAUUCGGUGGUAUUUUCUAAAAAGUUGAUACAGACUAAGAGAUUUAAAUUUUUAUCACACAAACUCCAAAGGAAAUGUAACAAGAUUUAAUAAUUAACAAUAUCUAAACGUAGUACUAAGGAUCCUAUCUUUAAAAAAGCAUGUAAUAAAGCCUCUUUUCUGUAAU